CCCGCACUCCGCUUUGCGCAGUGUGUUGGGUACCGUGUGUAUCCGGCAUCGCCGGUAGCGCCCGUUCAGUUUCUGCGCGAGCAACUGCGCAGGAACUCGGCGAAGUGUGCCCCGAAGCCUGUGUGAAAAGCGUUGCUCGCAUCCAUCGAGCGCUGGAGCUAACGGUGAUAACCGACAGCUACGUCAUCGGGCGUUUGCCCGAUGAACGCGCGAGGCGGCAACAGCACAUCAGGGAGUGUCAUUUUCGGUGUGGUGUCCGUCGUGCGUCCCGAACACAUGUGGAUGCCGCGUGCCCUGUUGGUGGUCUGCGUCGUAGCGCUAAUCAUCGUGUCCUGCCUGGUCGGGCUCUAUGUGGCGGGAAUACUGCGACGACGCGGAAUGUUCUCGCAAAGGGACCCUAAUGGGCCGGGUGGUAACAGCGGCUACCCGUCCGGCUACGAAUUCGGAUGGCAGCAAGCACCGCGGUGUACAACAAGUGGAACUCCAGUAGCCUACUCCUGUGCGGCGGCCACGCCGACGUGGCAGUAUCCUGCGCCAAACGCAUACGGAGCGCAGCAAGGAUACUCUGGACAGCCGUGGGCAGCUCAGCAACACAGCUACCCGCCACCGUAUUACCCGCCGGGAACUGCAGCGCCCAAGAACGUGGCCCCGCUGUACCCCGUUUAGAGCGUACCAAACUACCGCUAAGCCUUUGUGUUCCACAUAAGUACCGCUUAGAAGCGGAAGUUUUGAAAGCAUUUUUCACUCGUCGAAUUUUUACGGCGUUUCUCGCGCUUAUUCGCGGAUGCAAUUACAAUUCCUUAGGACAGGUGCAGUUAUACGCGUACUUAUUUAUGUGCAUCUCAGGAAUUUUAUUUUAUGUGAGACAUUGCUCCAUAUACGUCGUGAUUUUAGUAGAGUGCCAUUGUAUCCGGGGGGGUGGAAAUUAUUUGCCAAACUGAUCCACUUUUUUUUGAGCCCAAAUAGAUUGAAGUUAAAGGGAUACUGACACAUAAUUUUUCAGUUACAUUUUUCCCUUUUUUUGCGUCGAAUGAUAUUUCAAGCUCCUGAGGGCGUAGGAAAUCUACCGAUAAGCGCGGUUGCACCCGCAAAAUUAAUUACAGCACGCUUUUAAAUGCACGUUUGGGUUUCUAAUGUACGCUGACGUCACUACAUGUAGAGUUACUGACGUCACUACAUGUACAGUUACUGACGUCACUACAUGUACAGUUACUACGUCAGUGUACGUAGAGUUCCUGAAUGUACUACCUUUAGGUGGUAUGGUUGCACGUACCUUUUUCCUUUCGCCGCUCAUGCCGCUAUUCGGCGAGCGCUGUCACGUGGUGCCAAGUGACGUCAAAUGUUCAAAUUCACGCGGCAAAGCCAACUUUAAGGGCACAACGGCGCGGCACCCACGCGUUCUCUGCCCGCGCCGACCAAGUUGCCGUCAGUCCCAUCAUCACCGCCAUUAGCAGUCGUCGAGCGUUUCAGCGCGCAUGCGCGCGUCGAGGGUGCUUUGUUAAUGGGCUCCAUACCUUGGCGAAGUGUUCGAAAGUUGAGUGCUGUGCACCUACUGCCGGCAGCUAUUUGUCGUCCAUACUGUCUAUACCGUUGUACAAAUAAAAUCUAAUUGAAAAGCU